AUGGACCCUUCGACAAUCAACAAUUGCGUACUACUGUUGAAUCUGCCGCCAAAAGCACUUGCUGGCAUCGACCUACUCUCCUUUACAUCAUCACCGCGUUUUCAGGGUGUCAAGAAUGUUCCGCCUGGCCUGCAUUUCGUCUUCACUGCAAGCGAUAGCACCUUGUCUGUAAGACAUGGCGCGUGGUUCUAUGUCACACCUGGCGUAGGCUCGCCACAAGUAUUCGUCAAGAAGUGGGAUCAGAGUGCCGAAGACCUGGUAGCCGAGACUUCGCAGACAGAAGUGUUGCGAUACAAGGCAAACCUUGGAAGCAUAUGGAAAGACGGCUUGACACCAUAUCGCCAAAGUGUACAGGAGGGUGAUUCUGGAGCUGAAGAAGGCUGGUCCGAGGAGUCUACAGACUGGAGCAAGCUUACAUCACAAGUCACACCCACCAUGCUAUCGAGGAUAUGCGGGCUGAACCCCGACCACUGGAACUUGACAUCCGCGUCUUCUGCCACACAGGAUCUGGAUGACAUACCGGGCCUAGAGACUAGCAAUAGCAUGCUACAUGCAGAGAAAGAGCUUCGCUUCCUGCCCAUCGAUCUCAAAAAGACCUGGAGAGAGGGCGCGACUGGAAGGGAACGCACAGAAGCUGCACAGGAUCGAUCCUGGUUCCUCGGUGAUCUUAUCGACAACCAUUGCCAGGCAGGGGACUUACGGGGUCGAGAAAACGAGAUUUUGGGCGAGUUGCAGUUUACUUUCCUUAUGGUUUUGACGCUCAACAACAACUCCUGUCUCGAACAAUGGAAACGACUUCUGCGACUCUUACUCACUUGUCGCCAAGCAGUCAAACAGCGAUCCCACCUGUUCCUCGACUUUUUGAAAUGUCUAAGGACACAGCUUGGUCAUUGUGCCGACAUGGAGGGUGAUUUGUUCGAUAUGAACGACGUAGGUGGGGGCUUCUUGAAGCCGCUCUUCGGUCAGUUCCGUAAAGCUCUCGAUGACUUCGACGGAAAAUGGAAAGCCGAUUUGGUAGACGAACUAGACGAUCUGCAGGAUUAUAUGCAAAAAGAGUUUGGAUGGCAACCAGAGGGCUCGUAUCUAAAGCGCGGCAUGUUGGAGUUGGAGGACGGCGAGCGGGUAGAGAUGGAAGUCAACGGCGCAGAUGCAGACGACGAGCUGGGCGACUAUGCACCCACUAUCGUAGACUUAACUCCUGAACAGCAAAAGCUGUUAAGCGGGAGCGAUAUCGGUCGCGCAGAGCAUACAAAUGGCGAAGAGUCAGAAGACGACGUCGAUCUGGAUGACAUGGAUACGCGAUACUGA